AUGGGUAACGGAGCCAAGGCCAACCAGAAGCGUGAGCGCAACGCAAAGCAAACGAAGACCGGACCAACCUCGCAGAUCAAAUCGAACCAGAAAGCCAUGAGCAUCAUGUGCCAGGUCUGCCGCCAAACCUUCCUCCAGACCACUAAGGCUCCUGCUCUCACCGAGCACGCCUCCAACAAGCAUAAUAAAGGCCUGGGCGACUGCUUCCCUGGCGUGACUGCCUAA